UCCUCUCAGUCAGCAACAUUAAUGGGGCUGUGAGGUGUCCUGAUCGCAUCCUUUGUUCUUUACUGAGGGGGUAUUAGAGGGGAGGAAUACUGAGCGGUCUGAGAGGGCUGUCUGCUGUGUAACCCAGGGCGCUAACAUGGGGAGCACCAGCAAGGUGCUAAACCUAUGGAACAGAAGACAGAGCCUCUUCCCCAACUACAAAGUCACCGGGCCGGAAGAUGCCCCACAGACCUCUGACAAUAGCUCCUUGCCGUUCGUCAAGGACUGCUGCAUGAAAGAAUGGAACUCCAUGCAAGAGCUGAGCAGAGACAUCUACGAUAUCUACGCCGAAUAUGACGACGAGGAUGACGACGGUAGAGUGCCCUGUGCCGUUUCCAGGCUUUCCUCCCCGGCCAGAAACUACAUGCUCAACAUCAACGUCGGGGGGAAGCCUUAUCAGAUAGCAUACAGGGUGGCUGCCAAGUACCCCAAAACCAGGAUAGGUCGCCUGGCCACCUACACGGACCAUAACAAAAAACUUGACCUGUGCGACGACUACACGGUGAAGAACAACGAGUACUUCUUCGACCGAGACCCGGACGUCUUCAACAACAUCUUCACCUUCUACCGAACGGGCGUCCUGUGGAUCAAAGACGAGCUGUGCCCCCGCAACUUCCUGGAGGAGAUCAACUACUGGGGGGUGAGGAUCAAGAACACUCACCGCUGCUGCCGGAUCUCCUUCGAGGAGCGCCAGGACGAGCUGAACGAGCAGCUGAAGAUCCAGAGGGAGCUGGAGGCCGAGGUGGAGAUCGAGGAGAACGAGGAGCUCUUCCGGGGCAUGUUCAUGGGCCACGAGCGCCGGAUCAUCUGGAACUUGAUGGAGAAGCCUUUCUCCUCUGUCCCGGCCAAGCUGAUGGCCCUAGCCUCCAGCCUGUUUGUCUUGGUGUCCCUGGUGGCCAUGACCUUGAACACUGUGGAGGAGAUGCAGUUCAAGACCCAUGCAGGUCUCCCCAGCGGAAGAACCUACUUUGAAUAUGUGGAGUCGCUCUGCAUUGCCUUCUUCACGAUGGAGUAUCUCCUACGCUUGGCCUCCACGCCGGAUCUCCACACCUUUGGCAGGAGCGUCCUCAACACUGUGGACCUGGUAGCCAUCCUGCCUCAGUACGUGCAGCUGGGUUUGGAGUGCUUCGACAAGCAAGCAGACAUCAAGCACGAGAGCGACAUGAAAGCGGUGGGCCAGGUGGGGAAGCUGGGCCAGGUGCUACGGAUCAUGAGGCUGAUGCGCAUCUUCCGUAUCUUGAAGCUGGCGCGCCAUUCCACGGGACUGAGGGCUUUUGGGUUCACCCUCCGCCAGUGUUACCAGCAGGUGGGCUGCCUGUUUCUCUUCAUCGCCAUGGGAAUCUUCAGCUUCUCCGCCAUGGUGUACACGGUUGAGCAUGACGUUCCUCAGACCAACUUCACCAGCAUCCCCCAUGCUUGGUGGUGGGCAGCUGUCAGCAUCUCCACGGUUGGUUACGGGGACGUUUAUCCAGAGACGCUUCUGGGACGCCUUUUUGCUUUCUUCUGCAUCUCUUUUGGGAUCAUCCUCAACGGUCUUCCUAUCUCGAUCCUCUUCAACAAAUUCUCGGACUAUUAUUCAAAGCUCAAGUCCAAUGAGUACACAGCGAACAUGAAGAACAGGGGUAAAAUCAGAUUUGCCAAAAGGAUAGUGAGAAAGAUGACCAUUUGUUGUGGAAACACUCACAGUUGAACAAUACUUUUUAAGAGAUUUCCCAGCCUCAGUAAAAUACAGUAAUACAACGAAAACUGGAUCGAGUAUGUCUACCUAGAUAAAGUUCCUGAUUGGAAGUACAUUGGCUAAGGUAACUGAGCAAUUGUGCUGCCUGAUCUGAUAGGUGAAAGGUCAGAUCAUGUAUCUUUUUUAUUACACCUUUCUUUUAAUAAUGACUAAUAAUUAAUGACUUAGCAAGUUCCUGUUUUCUACCAAAAUGUACUUUCCUGCUCACAUGCUGCUUUUUGUUUGCCAGGAAAUGAAUGAAAUAAAUCUUUUUCUAACACGUCAUCUGUGAAUUAAAGCUUUGUUUUGGGUUACAUAAUAUAGCAUGUGAUAAGGAAAAUGACAUAAAUAUGGUCAUCUGUCCACGAUCUGUUUAUCUCUGAAGUAUUUUAGACACACUGACGCGUCUAAUAAAAUGAUUUAGGUGUCAGCGUUAAAUGGAUCUCUGCUGACAUCUUGUGGUGAAAAUAAAAAAGUAAAAAGAGGCGUCACUGUUUUCCCGAAAUCCUCUUCGCAGGGAAAGUGACCUCUGUUGUGAAGCUACAUUGGAGCAGGCUAAACAGCCAGAUUCAGCAGAAAAAUGGUCCCUCCAGUACAAGUAUCACCGCUUAUCAAGACGGCCAGAUACUCCGCUCUCAUAGCUGGCAUUAUCUAUGGCAAGCGACGAUAUGAUGAACUGAAGCCCAUUGCUGCAGAAGAAAGACGCGUAGAAGAGGAGGAGAAGAAGAUUCGUGUAGAGAAGGAGCGUAUUGCUAAAGAGCUUGCUGAAGCCAGUGAAGAAUCCAUUUUGAAAUGAGAAGCUACAAGAAGUCAUUUCUCUGGGAAGGUCAAUUUAUCUACUAACUGUUUUUCCUUUAUGGAAACCCUCUUUUUUUUCCUUUUUGGAAAUCCAUGGUCAAACAUUCUGUCACACUUUUACCUCAAAUCCCCUUUUUGUGCCAGAGAAGAUGGUGCUCAGUAUGCAUUUACAUGGCAUGUUAUUUAAAUCCAUCAUUGGAAGUUCACAAUUGUACCCAUGACAACGUCACAUAAAUGCACAGUAACUAUAUGGAAAAUUGGUGUAUUGGUGUUUUUUAUCCAUGUCAUUCUUUUUCACUAUAAAUAGACUGUCCUGCUA